CCCUUACGUGACUAAAGUUUAUUUCAUUUUCACAUUUCGUCGUCUUGGCGCCCCAACUCUUCUCCCCACCCAAAACCCUAAUAUAUGGAGAAGCUGAAAUCUGCGAUCCCUGAAGCACUGAAACGGGAUAUUGAAGGAAGUAGCAAGGAGGACCUCCCAUUGACAUGCUCUCACCUACUCCAUUUCUUCCAAAGCUUCCCCCUUUUUCUUCAGAUGGUCAGCGAUUUGACCGACCCCGAACUGGCUCUGUGUGGCAAGAAUAAGGAAGCUGCGAUGGAAGCUAAGGCCAAAGGCAAUGAAUGCUUUUUCAAAGGGGAUUAUUCUAGUGCUUCGAGUUUUUAUUCCCAGGCGCUGCGUGUUGCUCCAAUGGAUGUUGAAGACAAGGGAAAAAAUUUGGUUGCAACCCUCUACUUUAACCGAGCUUCUUCAUGGCAUGAAAUGGGAUUGUUUCUCGAAUGUCUGCGUGACUGUAGCCGGGCUCUCACAAUUUACCCACCCUAUGCUAAGGCAUGGUAUAGGAGAUCCAAAGCAAAUUCUUCACUGGGAAACUAUGAUGAUGCUAUCAAUGAUUUGAAUGUUGUGCUGAAGAUUGAGGAAACCUUGAGUGGGAGAAAAAAGAUAGAGAGCGAAUUACAAGUGUUGUUAAAGCAGUCCAGGCUGAGAAGAAAUGAUUCUGGAAAAUCAAAUGAUGACACCUCAGAUGAGAGACUUCAAAUGGAACUCAAAUGUAUCUCCACAAGAAAUAAAGGGAGAGGAUUAACUUCAUUCACUGAUAUUCCUGUGGCUUCUUUAAUUCAUAGGGAAGAUCCUUAUGCGGCGAUUAUAUUAAAGAAUUGUCGGGAAACUCAUUGUGCUUUCUGCUUCAAUGAACUACCGGCAGAUACAGUACCCUGCGUGGCAUGUUCCAGUCUAGUGUUCUGCUCAGUAAAGUGCCAAGUGCAAGCUGGAGGGCAUGAUCAUCCAAAAUACAAGAGAAAUUCUGGAUUUUUACAAGACUUGCCAAAAGGUCUCGAACAAUAUGUUGGAAAUGUAAUUUCACAAGGCACUUUAGUUUCAGACCUUCAAUCUGGAGCUGAGCACAAACAUGAGUGUCAAGGCAUGCACUGGUCUGCAGUUUUACCAUCUGAUGUGGUUCUGGUAGGCCGCAUUGUAGCCAAGCACAUACAGAGUAGUGGCAGCAAUGAUGUGAAAAUUCAUGGAAUUUUGGAUCUUUGCGAGAAUUAUGGAAAGCUUCCACCUAAAUGCAAAUUGGAGUUCCACGUGUAUUCAAUGAUUUUGAUAUGCUGUCUUCAACAAUUUUUCAGUGCCAAAUUUCCUCUAAACUCAGCCACAGCUGCAGAGAUUAUCAUUCUCCUAUCGCAAAUUAGGAUCAAUUCCAUGGCAAUUGUUAGUAUGAGAUAUGCUGAUGGAAAGCAGCAGCUAGAUCUUGACGGAACAAGUCCUAUGGAACAGGUGCAAGUGGCUCAAGCUGUCUAUCCUGGUGGAAGUUUAUUCAACCACUCUUGCGAACCAAAUGUUCAUGCGUAUUUCAUUUCACGUAGCCUCUUCAUACGAGCAACAGAAAAUGUCAUUGCAGGAUCAGAACUAGAACUGUCUUAUGGCCCACAGGUUGGGCAAUGGAAUUGCAGCCAUCGACGCAAGUCUUUAGAAGAACAGUACUUAUUUACAUGUCAGUGUAGCGGCUGUGCACGAGUAAAUUUAUCAGAUCUGGUGCAUUCUGGUUAUCGUUGUGUUAGAACAAAUUGUUUUGGUGUUGUCCUCGACAGUCACAUUGUCAAAUAUGAGAAAGACAAGCAAUUGAAAGGAUCAAAGACUAUGCAGGGGUACGCACUCAAGGAUGGUGACAUUGGUAGAGUGGCUCGACGCAUCUUUGAUCAAACUAAUUUUAGCAGCUGCUUUAAGCCCGGCUAUUGUUUGAGUUGUGGGACUUUUUGUGAUUUACAAGCCUCCCAAAGCACAAUCGCUGAAGCUGAGAUUUGUAUCGGACGAUUGCAGGAUGCUAUUGCUAAUGGUGAAACCUCAACUAAUCUCAUUGCGGAUUCUUUGAAAUCUCUUGAAACUCUAAGAAGUCGGUUGCACCCUUUCAACAAAAGAAUUGCUGAGGUGGAAGAUAGCAUCGCUCAGGCAUUUUGUUCGACUGGAGAUAUGCAAGCUGCAAUGGAGCAUUGCCAGGCAUCCAUUGAGAUCCUAGAAAAACUUUACGGCGAAAACCACAUUGUGAUUGGGAACGAGUUGAUUAAACUAGCAUCCAUCCACAGGUGCUUGGGGAGGGGAGUUAAUGCCGAAAACACAAAUAGACUGGUUUCGAUAUUUUCACGACACUAUGGAUCUCAUGCGGACAAACUUUUCCCUUACUUGGAUUACCUCAAGGAUGGAGUUGUGUAGAUGGUGCUCUAAUCCACCUUGAAUUUUUGUCUUCUAAGUGAAGCCUAUUACUCCCUCCAUUCCACGGACCAUGUCUACGUUGCCGUUUCUAUCCGUCCCACAUGCCAUGUCACUUUUCUUUUUUGGAAAAUGAUUAUACACUUAAAUUUCAUUUUAAACUUUUAAAUUUAUUUUUUUUAAUUUUAAUUAAACUAAUUAGUUAUUGUAAUCUUAAUUUAUAAUUAUUUAUAUUAUAGGAUAAUUAUUUUCACUAAUA